AUGUGCGUACCGUCGACCGACCCGUGCCCGUUAGUGGUUGAGGUAGGGGAUAGCGAUCUCGCCUUGUCGACGCAUUCGUUAUGUGAUGAGAAAUUUAGAGUUGUAUUGGUGGGGCAAAAGGAGGAGCUUCCACUAAUCCAAGCUCGUAAUCGGGAGACUAAUCUGCAUCAUGAGAUUGUUGAAGAGAUAUUUGCCCUUGGACGAAUCGCUGCGCCAUCAACCAUCACCGGACUACUUAACUACGCUCGCAAUCUCGUGUCCAUGCUUUUUCUAGGCCAUCUCGGGCACGUAGAGCUUGCAGCGGGGGCACUCUCGGUCGGCUUCGCGAACAUCACUGGCUACUCGAUCAUCUUCGGCUUAGCCAUGGGGAUGGAACCCAUCUGUGGCCAAGCUUUCGGGGCUCAAAAGCAGACUCUCCUAACUCUAACACUUCAUAGAACGAUAGCAUUCCUCCUCCUAAUUUCCAUACCAAUUACCUUUCUUUGGCUACAUGUUGAUAAAAUUCUCUUACUCUUAGACCAAGACCCCAAAAUAACUUCUCUAGCCAGAAUAUACCUACUCUAUGCUCUCCCUGAUCUCUUCUUACAAUGUAUCCUGAAUCCUUUUAGGAUAUAUUUAAGAUCUCAAAAUAUCACCAACCCAAUAGCACUUUGCUCCUUUGUAGCUUCACUUGUCCACAUUAUAGUGAACCACUACUUGGUUCAUGUACUCAAAACUGGCAUUAAAGGUGUGGCAAUGGGGGUGGUAGUGGCCAAUUUUAGCCUCACAAUGCUUCUACUGUGCUAUGCUUAUUCAAGUGAGGCAUGCAAAAUGGCAUGGAAUACCACAUUAUCUUUUGAUUGCUUUAGGGAAUGGGGGACAAUAAUAAGACUAGCUAUACCAAGCUGCAUCUCAGUGUGUUUGGAGUGGUGGUGGUAUGAGCUCAUGAUCAUCUUAUGUGGGCUCUUAUCGGGCCCCCAAGAAACCGUCUCGGCCAUCGGAGUACUAAUGCAAAUGACCGCCUUGGUCUAUGUUUUCCCGUCGUCUUUGAGCUACGGCGUGUCGACCCGAGUGGCCCAGGAGCUCGGGGCCGGGCGGCCCGAGAGCGCAAGGAAGGCCUCGAUGAUCGGGGCCGUGUUUGGAGCCGGACUAGGGAUCGCGGCGAUGGCGUUCAAUUUAUGGGCCAGAGCUUGGUGGGGCCCCAUAUUCACUGACCGUGGCCCAGUUUUGAAGCUGGUGUCGAUUGCGCUGCCUAUAAUUGGGCUUUGCGAGCUCGGUAACUGCCCGCAAACCGCGAUGUGUGGAGCCCUAAGAGGGAGCGCACAGGCAAAUGUGGGGGCCCAUGUGAACUUAGGUGGAUUCUACGGAGUGGGCUUGCCGGUGGCUCUGCUAUUCGGUUUCUGGUUGGGCUUGGGCUUUGUGGGCUUGUGGAUGGGCUUGCUCGCCGCGCAGGCUUCGUGUGUGGCGGUGCUCACGAUGGUGCUGGUGAGAACCGACUGGGCGGCGGAGGCGGCACGGGCCGAGGAGUUGACUAGUGGUGAGCAAGUGUUAAAAUUGGAUGAGACAAUUGAUGACAAAGGAGAGAAAGAGAAUUUGAAAGGGAAUGGUUGGGCCUUAAGAACUAAUACCCUAGUUAACAAAGUCUAACACAAGCAAGUUUUAGGGUUAUUAGUUGGUGAGUUAAGAUGUUGUUUUGUUCAUUGAGGUAGCGUUUGGUUCGGGACCAAGGGGGGAAUAAGCCCUUGUUCCCCCUUUGUUCCCAAUAAA